AUCACCACCGAGAUUUGUCUGGCUACUCCCUAAGCCAAAGAUAUAUACAAAGGAAAGUUAAACUUUUCGUAUGAAAAAAGCUUAGUUUUACACAUUGGUGUUGGCGUCUUCAUAGGACGGCCAAAUAAUCCAAACUAGAAGACUUUAGAGCAAACAAGUGCAAAAAACAAAACAACAAUGGCGUGUAGCUGUUCAUUGUUUUAUGUGUUUUGGCAUAAAAAUUUUCUAUAUUUGAAGUACAACUGGAUACCAUUGAUCAUCAUUUGGUUUUUAUGGACAGGAGUACUAUUUAGUUAUUUGCAUUGGUCGAACAAGUCUAACUUAUACAAAAGCGAAGAGUUCGAGAGCAAAGAUUAUGUGGCACUUAAGGCAUUGUACUUUCCCGGUAAUGAGUUUGAUUGGAUAUACUAUGGGCCAAAUACGAACAAUGUGGCAUCACUAAUGGAACAUGUGAGGCAAGAAUUAGAAAUUCCAUAUGAACGCAUGCGAGAGUACAACAAUAGCGUGGAAAUGGAAUUGGAUAUGCAACGACAGUGCAAAGGAAGCUGUUUUGCCAUAAAUUUCCAAGCAUUGCCAGACCCGAGAAGUGGGUGGGGAUUAAAAUACAGUCUUUACUCAAAUCAAAUGCGAAACUCGCCAAAAAAACGCUUUGUAAAUGACGAGGAAAUUAAUCAUCUGAAGAAUGACGAUGAGUAUAUUCGUGAGGGAUUUCUCACUCUUCAGUAUGUUAUUGACCGUCAGUUUUUGCGCUAUCAGCAAAUUAAUGACAACUAUGAGCUGCUGUUGAAUGUCAUGCCGAAUUUGGAGGUUGGCAACUCGGACAGCUCUCGCCUGAUUAAUUUCGGCACAUUAUUUAGCAUAUUAUUUAGUAUUAUGUUGUUGAGCACAUUUCUGGUGCCCUUCGUCGAAGAGAAACAGAAUGGCCUAAAGGAGUUUCUUAAUCUGGUCACACCCAUGAGCUUUUUGAACGGCCUCACAUUUUUUCUAAUACGUAUUGUUUUCUAUGCAACAUUCCUGAUGUUAAGCCUAAUUAUCGCCUGGCAGUACGGCGCCUUGGGACUGAUUCCCUUUAUUUAUAUAUAUACCUUGUAUUUAUUGUACAUUGUGGCAAAUAUGUCGUAUGCCUAUUUAAUAUCAGUCUGCUUUUCUUCAGUGUUUUACGCUAAAAUCGGUGGACUUAUCCUGCUCGUUAUCCCCUACGUGUUUAGUAUUGUACACAGUUUGCUUACUAAUAUAGCAUUUUUCUUGUUUUGCACCAAUUCAUUUUUGGAGGGCCUGGAUGUGCUGCAGACCUUCUGCAAUAAACAUCGCGACUUUGAAGGCGCCGAUUUGUUUCGACUUAUUAAAGAUGACUCCAGUCGUAUCUUUACUGUUUAUGUUGUGCUCAUCUCUCAGACCGUUUUUUACGCCUUGCUCUACAACUAUUUGGUGUGCGUAUUUCCCGGACCUGGCGGUCUCAAGCGCCCAUUCUUAUUUAUUCUUAAUCCCGAUACAUAUAAAAAGCGUCAGCGCAAUGAAUACACGACAUCGCCGCGUGGCACCCAUGCAAUCAUCAUCAGUGAUCUUUGCAAGAAAUUCCAGACGAGCAAACGCGAAAUCCACAUUGCUGAUCAUUUAAAUAUGACAAUCAACAACAAGGAGAUCACAGUACUACUGGGCCACAACGGUGCCGGAAAGACAACUAUGAUGAACAUGAUUAUGGGCAUUGUACCUAAGGAUGCGGGCAAGAUUGUUGUUUGCAGCGAGCGUGAUGUUGCCUCGUAUCGCCACCUAAUCGGCUUCUGUCCACAGCAUAGCGUCUUCAUGAGCUACAUGACGUGUCAGCAGCAUUUGGAAUUUUUCGCACAGCUGCGCGGCGCCAAGCUCUCUGACGCACGCAACUGGGCAGAACUUAAGCUACGCAAGCUGAACCUUAAAGACAAGGCCAAUGAAUAUGGUCGCAAUUUAUCAGGCGGCAUGAAGAGGCGCCUGUCGCUGGGAAUUGCAAUUGCGGGGAAUACCAAAAUUGUGAUCCUAGACGAACCAUCCUCGGGCCUGGACAUUGAAUCACGUCGAGAACUUUGGGACAUUUUGCUGGAGCUGCGCAAAGAGAAGGCAAUUUUAGUGACUACACAUUAUAUGGAAGAGGCCGAGGUGCUAGGUGAUACCAUAUGCAUACUGGCCAACGGCAAGCUACAGGCGAUCGGCUCGCCGCUUGAACUUAAACGUAAAUCGGGCAGUGGCUAUCGCUUAAAGCUGCAGGCCCAUGAGACGCUGUUUCUGAAAGAAGAAACAAUGAAAGAGAUAUUGAAAUUUAUACCGACUGCUAAAGAGGAGAAUUAUGUAAAGCCGACGCUUUAUAUAUGCCUACCAUAUGACUAUCGCCUGCAAUUUCAUGACAUGUUACGAAACUUAGAGAAAAAUCAGUAUAAACUGGGCAUUGAAACGAUCUCGAUUGCAGACACCUCACUGGAGACUGUGUUUCUAAACUGUGCUGGGGAAUAUGAUCAAGUGGAUACACCGGAUAUUGGUACCCACAAUAAUGCGCCACCCUUGGCUGUUCAAUACAAACGACUGCGACAUAUUGAGACCCCUUACUGGCAGCUGUGGCUUGCAAUUUUCUACAAAAAAUCAACAUUCCUUUUUAACGAGUGGCUCUAUGCCGUCUGCAUGUUGAUCUUACCUAUUCUGGGAAUCACAUGCGCUAUUUUGCUAAUGCAUUAUUCUUCCGUGGUUACCAAUGAGACGGCAUUGCCGCUAAAACUUAGCCAGCUACGUACGGGCAGUGUCUACAUUUACAAUCCAACGAAUCAACAUGACCAGUUGGAGCUGCAGCUGCGUCAGUACAUCCAACAGAGUGGUCUGAAUGACAAGACGCUCACAUUGCGCGGCAACAACAGCGUGAGAGAAGAGUUACUGCAGUUGCAGCGCGAUAAUUUGCCUUAUUUCCUGGAGGAUGCCGUUGGCCUAAUUGAAAUGAUCGCUGAGGAGCGCAGCACCAGUGACACGCCUGUAUUAGAGGUAUACUGGGCAAGCAAUCGCUACCAUAGCAGCGUCAUGCUCGUAAAUAUGCUGGACACUUGCAUGCUGCAGUUGCUCAGCCGGCAGCCAGAAGCAUAUAUCGAUACUACUUAUGUGCCCAUGAAGCAUUUCGUGAGCGACAUCAGUGCUGCACGGCUCGAGUACUAUGUGGUCAUCGUAUCGGCCGCGAUGUUCUUCAGCAUGUUUUACUACGUCGCAUUGCCGUUCCGAGAGAAUGCCAACGGUUUCCGUCAACUGCAGCCCAUGUCACGCUACACAUAUUGGUGUGCCACGUUUGUGUUUGAUAUGACAUUGCAUGCCCUGGUCUGUCUGUUACUGUUUUUGGUCCAGAAAAUGAUAAUGCCCGCCGAACUGUAUAAUAUCGAGGAGCAGCAGCUGAUAGUCAUGAGUAUAUUCUUUUAUGGCUGCAGCUAUUUGCCCAUCAUGUACGCUCUUGGGAAUAAUUUCCAAUCCAUAUCAACAAUUUCAACAUAUCUGCUGCUUAUGCUUAACGUUUCAGAAAUUGCGCCACUAAUCACCUCCAGCAAUAUUCAGGCCAUGCAGCUGCACGGGACAAAGAUCGCAUUUUUACGCUUUUUGCCCGAUUUCAAUUUAAACCAUCAGCUGCGCAUCAUAAACGAGAACCUUUUAGCACAGCGAAGUAAAUCGAAGAAUCCCCCGGAAACCACCAGCGAAUUUUUUGCGUAUGCUCUAACUGUUUUGACCCUGGUUAUGGGCUUCUUUACUAUUGUGCUGGAACACAAGUACUAUCGCCGGCAGUUAAAAGACUUCUUUUAUGGCAAAACCUGUAAGAUACCACCGAAGACCGGCAAUUCGAACCAGGAGCUGGACUGCAUCAAUGAUUGCGUCAACGAGGAGCAGCAUGUAAAGCAGCUGCUGGAUGGCACUGCGCAACAGGCGUCAGAAGAUUAUCCCCUGAUUGUGAGCAAUCUGCGCAAAAGCUAUGCCGGCAAGCCGGCUGUCAGCGGCAUCAGUUUUGCUGCCAUGAGUGGCGAAUGCUUUGGACUCCUGGGUGUUAAUGGUGCAGGCAAAACAACCACCUUCCAAAUGAUUGCGGCCAAUAAAACUGUGGAUAGCGGGCAUAUACGAACCAAGGGCAUUGACAUACGCCUCAACGAGGUGGCCUAUCGCCAGCAGUUUGGCUAUUGCCCGCAAAACGACGCGAUCAACCAAUUUAUGACCGCCGAGCAAUGUUUGCGAUUAAUGGCGCUGCUGCGUGGUCUUAGGUGGCGAGGCAAUGAACCCGGGGAUUUGGAAAAUAGCGUUAAUUUUUGGCUGCAUAAAAUGCAUUUACUUAAAUAUCGCCAUGUGGCGGUGUGCAAUUAUUCGGGUGGCACCAAACGUAAGCUGAUGGCAGCUAUGGCUAUGAUCGGCGCACCAUCGCUGGUGCUACUGGAUGAGCCGACAACGGGCGUGGAUCCAAUAUCGCGAAGAUUUUUGUGGAAAUGCAUUAAGGAUUUCCUGGCGCAGGAUCGAACGGUGGUGCUCACAUCGCACAGUAUGGAUGAGUGCGAGGAGUUGUGCAAUCGACUGGCCAUCAUGGCGAACGGAAAAUUCAAAUGCCUGAACAACAUUUGUGCUUUGAAGCGCCUCAGCGGCUUUACCAUUAAACUAAAAAUGAAAAUCGACACGGAGACGGAGGCAAAUGUGUCGACUAUUACCAACACUCUAAAGGGACAAUUCGAGGACUUGGACUUAAGAGAGAAUCAUGCUGGCACAUUAACCUAUUUUGUACGCACAGAGGAUCACAUCCUUUGGUCGAAUGUAUUUAAGAUAGCAGACCAAUAUCUGGGGGAUAGUCUAAGCGAUCUAGUCGAGUAUUAUUCUGUAAAUGAGUGUACGCUCGAAGACAUAUUUUUGAAAUUCGAGAGACAAUCAAAAUCAUUGUCAAAUUCGGGCUCGGAAAACUAUGUUUGAGCGUCCCAUGCAUAGUGGGGCGUUACUCGCUACUGGCUAUGGCAAUGAUACUUUUAGCUGUACAUUAUUCGCUGCAUGAGUGCACAAUGGAAGUGCACAAGUGUGCUUUUGCUGUCAGUUUACCAAACAAAUCAUAUACACGGGCAGGAUCAAAUAAUUAAAUGAUCCUGCCCGUGGACUACAUUUGAAUUAUUUGUCAGAGCCAAAGGGAUAUACGCUCAUCUUUAAUCACCGACUGGCAUCAAAUUUCAACUUAAAUUAAAUAAUCUUAUUUUAAAAUAAUUUAUUAUAUCUUAAAUUUAAAAUGCUGGCCAUAAGAUACCCUGUACCCAGCGCCUUGCUAUGGCAUGUGAAUGCAUAUCGCAAAACCUUUACUAUUUAAAGCCCGUUUAUUUUGUCAAAAGGUAUACAAAAAAUGGUAAUCUCAUAUAGCUUCUAAAAAUUCAAAAUCAAUAUUUUAAUAUUAUAAGUCUAGUAAUAAGCGUCGAAAAUAUAUGAC